AGGCAACUGAAGGGGAGGGAGAGAGUGUGAGACCAUACAGCCGCUUUCCUUGCAGUUUUCCUUCAAUUAAUUUAAAGUAGUUACUUAGAUAUAAAAGCCCGUUACUCUAAUUGAUUUUUAAAGUGCAUCAACUUUUAUUCGACUAUAAUUCGAGGUAAAGAAAAGGAUUUACUUUGUUAGCCGCGAUAGCUAGCCAACUUAGCACCCUAUUAUAACAGAGCUGAAAACUUGGACUUAAAGUUCAGGCUAUUAUUCGUUUUCUCUGAGUUUUUAGUCAAUGCACUCGGAAGUAAUCGUUUUAUGUCAUUAAGAUUUGCUCAAGUUUGGACUCGUUGACGGGGCGUUGCUGUGUCUGUUUGGGAAACAUCCUGCAGGGAAACCAUUGACGUUUGCCAGCGACUUGGAACAAAUCUUUUUGAAACGACUCUUCCACCGUGUUGUUGCGUACGAGUUUUGGGGGGUGAAAUAACCAACGCGCAGAUUUGGAAUUUCUUUGCAAGUUUGACCUAUCUAGCUAGCUACUUCAAAAAUGGCCGGAGUCAAUAGCAUCGAGGCAGUGAAGCGAAAAAUCAAAGUUCUGCAGCAACAGGCCGAUGAAGCUGAGGAGAGAGCUGAGAUCUUGCAAAGACAGGUCGAAGAAGAAAAGCGGUCCAGGGAACAGGCUGAGGCUGAGGUGGCGUCCCUGAACAGGCGUAUCCAGCUGGUGGAGGAGGAGUUGGACAGGGCCCAGGAGAGACUGGCCACCGCUCUGCAGAAGCUGGAGGAGGCUGAGAAGGCUGCGGACGAGAGCGAGAGGGGCAUGAAGGUGAUUGAGAACAGGGCCCUGAAGGACGAGGAGAAGAUGGAGAUGCAGGAGAUCCAGCUGAAGGAGGCCAAGCACAUCGCUGAGGAAGCCGACAGGAAGUACGAGGAGGUGGCUCGUAAGCUGGUGAUCAUCGAGGGUGACUUGGAGCGUACAGAGGAGAGGGCAGAGCUGGCGGAGACCAAAGUCCGGAGGUUGGAUGAACAGCUGAGGGGUUUCGACCAAUCCCUGAAGAGCCUGCAGGCCUCUGAGGACAAGUACUCCCAGAAAGAGGACAAGUACGAGGAGGAGAUAAAGAUCCUGACCGACAAACUCAAGGAGGCUGAGACCCGCGCUGAGUUUGCUGAGAGGUCAGUGGCGAAACUGGAGAAGACGAUCGACGACCUGGAAGAUGCCCUGGCUACUGCCAAGGAGGCAAACGUGAAGCUCCACGCCACCCUGGACCAGACCCUGGAGGAGCUGAACAGCUGCUGAACAACCCCCUGGAGCUCCAGCCUGGGCCUUCCUGUUCCCCAGCACCACCCCUGCUCCCCACCCCCCAACCCUGACCCCAGCCCUAGCCUUGAUUGUCUGUCUGUGCUGGAGGACUGUGUUUAGGGAUGGGAAUUGGGUUGACUCGAUUGUUUUUGGUGAAGGUAGCACUUUCUCCAGUCCACACCUAGCCAAAAGUUUCUUGCCUUCUAGGUCAUCCUGUACGGCCGAAACGCUUCUCCCACAUUCCCAACCCUUCUCCCACAUUCCCAACCCAAGUAUCUAUGGCUUUCCUACAGACUAGUGUCUGCAUUUUUUGUAGUCUGUCUCUUCAUAGCACUCUUCUCACCUCAACAACUGCGACAUAUACUCAAGCAUUCGCGUCUUAAGUGUUCAUCACCAGUCUCUGAUUUGACACAUUCCAGAUUGGGGUGCCGUUUAAGUGUUUCCUCACAGAGGUGAUUCCCCUGACUAACUUCCUUUUGGCUGUCAGCUGUUUCACCAUAAGCAUUGUGAAUAGUUUCAGGCUUUUCUGCUCUGGCUACUGGCCUGGUGAGAGGGAUGUGUUUUGGGUCCAUUGGAACUCUUUUUGAAAGGUUUGAGAAAAGCAACUCUUAACUCGGCUCUGCUUUUCUAUUCCUUUGGAAUGGGAACAAACCAUUCCAAUUCAUAACUGCCUCCCAUAUCGACACUUGCCCCAUCUUAUUUCCAAUCCCCACUAUUCACUGUCCAACCACUUGCCCUCGACUGGUACUUCUCAACCAGAGCACUGUUUUUUUAAUUGAUAAGUGACUGUGCCAAUUUUGAGGGAUCGCAAAAGUCUUACCUUUUGUGCAGUCGUUAUGUUGUCAUAUUCAAGAACAUACUGGAGAUUGAAUUUGCUUUUUUGGGGGGUUUUGUGUAUGGGUUUUUUUUUUUUCAUAAGGGAGGUGUUUUAGUUUCACUGUGGUAUUUGUGAGGUUUUUAUUUUCCCCAAACUAUUCCCCAAAAAGGGCCACCAUCUUAACUUACUGUAAACAAAACGGUUACAUUUUGAGUCAGUUAUUUUUGUUCUUCCCUUAAGAUCAGGAAAUUUCGUUUUAGAUCAUUAUAAGGAUUCAAUUAGCUUGGAUGAUGUGCAGUUUUUCCUUUUUUCAGCCAUAUUGUUUCUUCAGAUAUGAUGCGAGAAGUGGGUAGGGAGGGUAGUGAUCAGCCAAUCACAACGCGUUCCACUGCCAAAAUGGAAGCAUAGGGGCCAAUGAGAAGGGAAACACAAAAGGGUAUUGUCUAAACCUAUCAGUAUAGAUUAUUAAAACUAUAUUUUUUUUCUGCAAAUGAAGUGAGCUGCAAGCAUAAUAAAAUUAAAUAAAGGAAUACAAAUAUCGUAUUUGCAUCAAGUAAAAAGUAUUGCAUCAAAUGUUUUUAACUGGAACUUUUCACUCGGAGCUGUGUAAGCAUCUUGUUACCAAUGAUGUCUUCAUUGUAAUAAUCAUGACACAAAUGGACACAGGAUUUUUUUUUAAUAAAGAACCAUGAUUCAUAUUGACAUUCCAAAAU